CAUCAACUUUUUUUUGUUUUCUUUCUUUUUCUCACCACUCAAGCAUUCCUUCAAGCCUUCUGCAUUUGGUAAUCCAAAACCAGUCUCGUGAAGUUUGGUGGUAUCGCGCUAAUACAAACCAAUCAUCUGAAUUCCAAUUGCAAAGCAACAGUCGACAGAUAUGGCGGACGCACUGCUCUCGGCUUCGCUUCAAGUCCUAUUCGAGAGGUUGGCUUCUCCAGAGCUCAUAAACUUCAUUCGGCGACGGAAUCUCAGCAAAGAACUCCUUAACGACUUGAGGAGGAAAUUCUUGGUUGUUCUCAAUGUGCUCAAUGAUGCAGAGGUGAAGCAAUUUUCAAACGACCCAGUCAAAGAGUGGCUGGUACAGGCUAAGGAUAUUGUGUAUGGUGCGGAGGACCUGUUGGACGGGAUCGCUACCGAUGCUUUGCGCUGCAAGAUCGAAGCUACGGACUCCCAAACCGGUGGAAUUCAUCAGGUGUGGAACAAGUUCUCUGAUUGUGUUAAGGCGCCAUUUGCUACUCAAAGCAUGGAGUCCAGAGUGAAGGAGAUGAUCGCUAAACUUGAGGCUAUUGCUCAAGAAAAAGUUGGGCUUGGCCUGAAAGAAGGUGGGGGCGAGAAACUGCCACCAAGAUUACCAUCCACUUCUUUGGUGGAUGAGUCCUUUGUGUACGGCAGGGAUGAAAUUAAGGAGGACAUGGUGAACUGCUUGCUUUCUGAUAACGCAAGAGGCAAGGAAGACAUAGAUGUGAUCUGCAUAGUUGGCAUGGGCGGCACCGGCAAGACCACACUCGUUCAGCUUCUCUACAACAAUGACAAAGUGAAGGAACACUUCCACUUGAAAGCAUGGGUCUGUGUUUCCACUGAGUUUCUUCUUAUCAAGGUCACCAAAUCAAUUCUUGAGGAAAUCGGCGAUAGACCUACUUCCGAUGACAACCUGGAUUUGCUUCAGCGUCAACUCAAACAGAGCCUUGUUAACAAGAAAUUUCUGCUUGUUCUCGAUGACGUCUGGGAUGUGGAGUCCUUUGAUUGGGAAAGUUGGGAUAGCCUACGAACUCCGCUCCUGGGUGCAGCAGAGGGAAGCAAGAUUGUUGUGACCAGUCGUGAUGAAUCUGUUGCAAAAACUAUGCGUGCAGUCCGCACUCAUCGUUUGGGAGAAUUAAGCCCUCAACAUUGUUGGAGCCUAUUUGUAAAGAUUGCAUUUCAAGAUAGAGACUCUAACGCAUGCCUUGAGCUUGAACCCAUAGGUAGACAGAUUGUGGAUAAGUGCCAAGGAUUGCCCUUGGCUGUUAAAUCACUCGGGCAUCUGCUGCACUCUAAGGUCGAAAAAAGGGAAUGGGAGGACGUUUUGAAUAGUGAAAUAUGGCAUCUUCAUAGUCGUUAUGGAAUUCUUCCUUCUUUGAGAUUGAGCUACCAUCAUCUUUCUUUACCUGUGAAACAUUGUUUUGCAUAUUGUUCAAUUUUUCCCCAAGACCACGAAUUCAACAGAGAGGAGCUGGUUUUAUUAUGGAUGGCAGAAGGUCUUUUACAUCCACAACAAGACGACGGAAGAAGAAUGGAAGAGAUAGGUGAGUCCUAUUUUAAUGAGCUUUUGGCGAAAUCAUUUUUUCAAAAAUCUAUUAGAGGAGAAAAAUCAUUUUGCUUCGUAAUGCAUGAUCUAGUCCAUGAAUUGGCUCAACAUGUGUCUGGAGUAGAUUUUUGUGUCCGAGCGGAAGACAAUAAGGUACUAAAAGUAUCCGAGAAGACUCGCCACUUUUCAUACAUUCACGGUGAUUUUGAAGAGUUUGUUACAUUUAACAAGCUUGAGGCUUUUACUAAUGCUAAAUCUCUUCGGACAUUAUUAGAUGUGAAAGAAUCAUUAUGCCACCCAUUUUAUACAUUGAGUAAAAGAGUUUUCGAAGAUAUAUCAAAAAUGAGGUAUUUACGUGUGUUGUCAUUACAAGAAUACGAGAUAACUAAUUUGCCUGAUUGGAUAGGUAAUUUGAAACAUUUGCGCUAUUUAGAUCUAUCUUACACGUUGAUUAAAAAAUUACCUGAAUCAAUAUGUUGUUUGUACAAUUUACAAACAUUGAUCUUUAGAGGAUGUUCAGAUCUUAUUGAAUUGCCUUCAAAGAUGGGGAAAUUGAUUAAUUUGCGUUAUCUUGAUAUUUCUAAAUGUUAUUCAUUGAAAGAAAGGUCAAGUCAUGGCAUUAGUCAAUUAAAAUGUUUACAGAAAUUGUCUUGUUUUAUUGUGGGCCAAAAGAGUGGAUUAAGAAUUGGAGAAUUGAGGGAGCUUUUAGAGAUUCGAGAAACACUUUAUAUUUCAAACGUGAAUAAUGUGGUGAGUGUUAACGAUGCAUUACAAGCUAAUAUGAAGGAUAAGAGUUAUCUUGAUGAGUUAAUAUUGGAUUGGGAAUUGGAAUGGGAAUGGGAAUCGGAAUUGGAAUUGGAAUCAGAAUCGGAAUCGGAAUCGGAAUUGGUUAUAGAUGGUGGUAUUACACAAUAUGAUGCUACAACUGAUGACAUACUCAACCAGUUACAACCUCAUCCAAAUUUAAAACAACUCUCCAUCAAAAACUAUCCUGGUGUAAGAUUUCCAAAUUGGCUUGGAGAUCCUUCAGUCUUGAAACUCGUGUCCCUUGAGCUUCGGGGUUGUGGCAAUUGCUCAACAUUGCCACCACUUGGGCAGCUAACCCAUCUUAAAUAUCUACAGAUCUCAGGAAUGAGUGGAGUAAAGUGUGUGGAUGGUGAGUUUCAUGGGAAUACUUCCUUCCGAUCCCUAGAGACACUAUCAUUUGAGGGUAUGCUGAACUGGGAGAAAUGGUUAUGGUGUGGAGAAUUCCCUCGUCUCCGAAAGCUUUCUAUACGGUGGUGUCCCAAACUCACUGGGAAAUUACCAGAACAACUUCUUUCUUUGGAGGGACUUGUAAUUGUUAAUUGUCCACAGUUGCUUAUGGCUUCAAUUACGGUUCCUGCCGUCCGUGAAUUAAAGAUGGUGGAUUUUGGCAAAUUGCAGUUGCAAAUGCCAGCUUGUGACUUCACAACUCUUCAACCUUUUGAAAUUGAAAUUUCAGGCGUGUCUCGGUGGAAGCAACUUCCAAUGGCACCACACAAGCUCUCAAUCAGAAAAUGUGAUUCUGUGGAGUCUCUAUUAGAGGAGGAAAUCUCGCAAACCAACAUACAUGAUCUGAAUAUUCGUGAUUGUUGUUUUUCUAGAUCCCUAUACAAAGUUGGUUUACCUACUACUUUGAAAUCGCUAUCAAUCUCUCGGUGUUCCAAACUAGAGUUUCUCCUACUUGAGCUGUUCAGAUGCCAUCUCCCAGUCCUUGAAAGCCUACGCAUCCGUAGGGGUGUUAUCGGUGAUUCUCUCUCGUUAUCCCUCUCAUUAGGCAUCUUCCCCAAGUUGACUGAUUUCACAAUCCAUGGUCUUAAGGGGCUUGAGAAGCUCUCCAUUUUGAUUUCAGAGGGUGAACCCACAUCUUUACGUUCCUUGUAUCUAGCAAAGUGCCCUGAUCUUGAAUCUAUCAAAUUGCCCGGUCUCAACUUGAAGUCUUGUCGGAUCUCUAGUUGCUCCAAGCUCAGGUCGUUGGCACACACGCACUCAUCUAUACAGGAGCUGGAUUUAUGGGAUUGUCCAGAAUUGUUGUUUCAGAGAGAGGGUUUGCCUUCCAACCUGUGUGAACUUCAAUUUCAAAGGUGUAACAAAGUCACGCCUCAGGUGGAUUGGGGUUUGCAAAGGUUGACCUCUCUUACACAUUUAAGAAUGGAAGGUGGAUGUGAAGGCGUUGAAUUAUUUCCCAAGGAGUGUCUGCUGCCCUCUUCUCUAACUUCUCUUGAAAUUGAAGAGCUUCCCAAUCUCAAGUCUCUUGACAGCGGGGGACUUCAACAACUCACCUCUCUUCUAAAUUUAAAGAUCACAAACUGCCCAGAGCUCCAGUUCUUGACAGGAUCGGUUCUUCGACACCUUAUCGCUCUCAAAGAAUUACGAAUUGAUGAAUGUCCAAGGCUCCAAUCCCUGACAGAAGUGGGUCUUCAACACCUCACCUUUCUUGAAGUAUUGCAUAUCAAUAGGUGUCAUGAGCUCCAAUACUUGACAGAAGUGGGUUUUCAACAUCUCACCUCUCUUGAAACAUUGCAUAUCUACAAUUGCCCUAAGCUCCAAUACUUGACAAAACAGAGACUGCAAGACUCCUCGGGUCUUCAACACCUCAUCUCUCUCAAAAAAUUCCUAAUCAGGGACUGCCCAAUGCUCCAAUCAUUGACAAAAGAGGGUCUUCAACACCUCAUCUCUCUUAAAACAUUGGUGAUCAGAGACUGCCGUAAGCUCAAAUACUUGACAAAAGAGAGACUUCCAGACUCCCUCUCUUUUCUGCGUCUCAGCGGGUGUCCUUUACUGGAAACACGAUGUCAAUUUGAGAAAGGGAAAGAAUGGCGUUAUAUAGCUCACGUUCCAAAAAUAGUGAUCAAUGGUGUGCUAUUUUAAUCAAAGUGGCACUAAACCAAUAUACAGUCAGGUAGUCAGCUUCGAGCCUAAAACAAAUAUUGAAGAGAAGGAGAGAAGGAUGGUCUUAUUCUAAUGGAAGUGGAAUCUGAAGAAAGGAUAGAUUGUUCAGAUUUUGGGAGGGUGUGGGGUGUGUUUGCUGUGGAGGAAGGGAGAUUCCUGGGUGCUGAACAAUUGAUGCUCAUUACUCUGUUUAUUAUGAAUAAGAAACUCAGAGGCAUAAGGAUCAGUUUCAGCCAUGUCAAAAGCAAAAAGAAAAGCUGAAGCUGAAGAUAUCAUGAACAGAGGAAUUUCUAUUGAAACUAGUCCAAAUUAUGGUACUCUUUGUCACCCAGCUUCUUAAGAAAUUGCUGCUUCGCCCAUGGCAAGGUUAACAACCCCCCUGGCCUAGGCUCUAAUCCAUGGCAAUCUUUCUCUAAGGUGCCCAGACAACAAUAGCAAGUCUGUUAGGACCAGAAAUGGCCAUCACAACAAACCAGCCACAGAAGCAACUUCUGGCCCUGAAACUUGGGGUUUUGGAACACAGAGUUUUACAGCCACCCCUGCUGCCAGCUCUAAUAUUUCCAAGCCCCCUGUUGGAGGCAAUAAUGUCCACCUGUUUGGUGACUCAAAGAAGAUUGAGGGCAAGCUGGCUCCUCAACCUGCUGAAUGGGCUGGUUCCUUACUUAUUUGGUGAGGUUAUAACAUUGUUGGCACUUCUGGUCAUGAAAGAUGAGAAUAGGUAAAAAAAGCAAAAACAAAAAGGGUUAUAUGGCUUUCUGGCCUUGGUUAUGCUACUGAGUAUUGAGUGUCUGCCUUAUGCAAUAGAAUACAACAUCUGCAUAUGUUCCUUGGUUUCCAUGGACUACUUACAAAUGUAUACUGUUCUGAAUGCCUCAAUUUUCAGGUCAGAAAAAUAGUAGUUUCUUUUAAUAUUGUCCUGUCUGUGACCUUAUCCUCCUGCUUCUAUUUUUCCAUGUAUUUUUGUUUAAUCCGUGAAAAUCUUAUAUCAUAUAUCAUUUGUAAUUGUUACAUGCAUGCCUUCCUAAUCAUUUUCUGUCAAGAGCCUCAUUUUUGUUUUAAUUAGAUCAACCAAUUUUGUGGCAUUGUAAUAAGAAAAUCUUUCUACUACAAAUGGAAAAUCAAGCCUUAGAAAUUGAAAGAUGAUCUGUGACUCAUGUUUGUCUCCCUUCACAGAGCUAUGAUUUCAAAGUCAUUAAAGAUACCAAUCCCCGUCAGCCUCAAUCAGAGCUUAAGGAGUGUGUUAGACUGUUACCAUUGAUCGCCUAAGUCCAAAGGUAUUCUAUUCAGGGAAGAGGAAAUAGAAGAAAAUAGCAGCUCUUGAUGUAUUUUGAUUUUGAGCAAGGCUUUCUUGAUCUAUACUCUGAUAUAUUGCUCAAAUUAAUCCAGAUGAUUUUCUUGAUUGGGAAGGUGACUUUUCCUCCAAGGAAGAGGAUAGAUUGUUCUGAUUUUUGUAGAGUUUUUCCAGUGAAGGAAUUGGAGGAAGGGGAGAUUCCUGGGUGCUGAACUAUUGAUGUUCAUUGCUCUGUUCAAGAAGAACAAGAAACUGAGUAGAAGUUUCAGGCUAGUCAAAAGCAAAGGAAAAGCUGAAGCUGAAGAUGUCAUGCACAAAAACAGGGGAGUUUCCAUUGAAACUUGUCCAAAUUAUGGUACUCUUUGUUACCCAGCUUCUUAAGAAAUUGCUGCUUGGCCCAUGGCAAAGUUAAUAAUCCCCUCAAAUGUGAAACAAUUUUGGAUGAAGUUGGCUAAAUGAUCAAAUUCCACCGUUUCACUAUGAUUUAUAAUGUAACACCAUCACCAUAUUCACUGACAAAAUAGGAAUAAAGUCAUACAUAGAAACCCCAAAAGUUCUUGUAUAAAUGCUAUAACAAACACAACUGAAAAUGCAGAAUGAUCCAUUUCUGUUCCUCAUUAUUUAGUUUGAAGGAAACAUUGAUGAAUCCCUUGCUUUGCAGAUUGAACCCUGGCGUUGAGCUGAUGCUUCAUAAUGUGUUAUUAUAAGAGAUAUAGGCUGCCCGAGUGGUCUGAAUAUACCCCCAUAGUCCCUCUGAUGCCUGUACACAAGUCCUCGGGCACUUCCAAACAGGAAGCUUGAUAAAGAGCCAUUGUGCAUAAACUCAUACACCAGAAGUCAGUGUUCACCCUCACAGCAGUAACCCAGCAAGUGUCGUAGAUUCUUAUGCAACAGAAUUUCCAGAACCUGAUGGUAAUAUCCCUUUAUAGACAGUGCCAAAGGCUUCUACCAUCGCUUGUACUCAGGAUUCUGUGAUAAAGCUGCAGAUUUUUGAGGUUCAAGCAGUAGAAAACUAGAGAAUUGCAACGACAGAAGUGAAGAAGAACAGAGGGGCGCAGGACUUAUAGAGGAUUAGAAUUGCUUUAUUUUGCUUGCCUCUGCCUGAAGUUAGUUCACUGGACUUCGAUAUCUUGAUUAGGGCACUUCUGGCAACAGCAUUUUGAUCCAACCUCCCAUUUGAAAGAGGUAGUCUUUUCCUCCAACAGCUUCCAGUUCCAUUUACAAACCUCAGGUCCUCAAAAAUAGCAACUGCACAGUAGGUUCCAACACCCAAUCCCUGGGUUGGCAAUAUGGUAUUAGUUGGGUGGUUGAAGCUCUCCAUAUACUGGUAUUCAAUUUCCAUCUCCAAGCAUGGCACAAUGCACUGCUUCGCUGCUCAUAUUACCAGUCUUUGUCUUCCAUAUCUCUUGGCCUCCAUCGAGAACAAGGUGUCCAUUGGUGGUAAGCUCAACUUUUGAUCCUCUUGGCACCGGUUAACUUCCAUUUGCAGUCCAGAUAGCAAGAAGGAAUAGAUCCUUUUCACUUGGAGAGGGUCGGAAUCCAAAUGCAAAAUCACCAGAAGGCGAAGUCCAUGUAGAGUUGGCAUCAGUGGUAUAGAGAGAUGAAUCCAAGCUUAAAUUACUAUAAGCUUGGCUGAUGAGUAACAAGUAGACGUAGAGAGACUAUGUAUGUAAGUUAUCAUGUGAAUAAUUGGUCACCCAACUGGUUUUCUCUGCAUGUUGAGUGAGUUGAAAAAGUCCAGUGAAUAUUAUUUUCUUCCAUAAUUGAACAUUCUCCCGUAAUUGAGUAGUGUGAAAGCAAAUUUUUUUUUUCAA